AAAGUGAAAAGCAAUCUAAACAGAGUAUGAACAGAAAUUAUUAAACAUUUCAUUUCCUUAUUUAAACUGACUGAAAUUCAUAAUUUUUGCAUGUUAAAGGAUUUAUGUAGAUAGUCAAAUAGUAGCAGAUAUAAUGAAGCGUCAAAGGGUCAAAAAUGUUUCUAAUCAUGUUUACGUGGACCAUGAAUUUAACUCUCUGGAUCCGGGUAUCGCUUUAAAUGAAACCAAACCCACUUCGCUCGAAAAAUGGAUGGAAGCAAACAUUUUGCCGGGAGAUACUCUGCAAGCCAUAGCUCUCAGGUUCAACUGCACGAUUGCGGAAUUGAAAAAAAUUAACAAGAUAGACAAAGAUAAUGAAAUAUUUGCCCGGAGGAUAAUCAGAGUGCCAAUUACGCCCCACUCAAUUUUAUUAGAAACGCUGCCAAAAGUCCACAGUAGUGGCAACAGUAGUCCAAAAAGCGUUCCAAGCUCUUUGCAAAAUCCCAUUUCCGUUCUAGAGACACAAGCAAAUCUGGAUGAAAAAUUAAUUGUAGCUGCCGUCAGCAGUGCUUCUUAUAAAGAUGACAAAGCGAAUCACAUUGUUGUGACUACGCCAAACGUAAUCAAUCACGACCCCCUGGAGGGAUCUAGCCGAAGAUACGCCGACGUCGACGACUCCAAGCAGCCUUUGCUCAGCGGGGAGUACGACGAGAGUUUGCCGCAGCCCCGGCCGGUUCGACUGCCCGCCAGCGACUUUUCCUGCAAUGGCUCCGACUGUGAUAUUUCCUGGAUAUGUCUUCUGGUGUGCAUCCUGGCGCUCUGUUUCGCCAUUCCGCUGAUAUACGUCGUGUACGUUGCGGAGCAUCCUGAAAAAUUCCAUCACACCUACGACGCGGACCACAGGACAGUGGAUUUGAGGAGAGGCAAUAUUCUCAAUGGAAGUAAUAAGCGAACGGAAAACAUGUUUCGUCGCAACGGACAUCACGAGCAAUCGCCACCUUCCUGCUUUUCUUGUUCCAGAGGCGGUAUCCAUUGGGAGCGUAGCCGAUCAUGACACUGCACGGUCGAACCAUACUCACGGCCUUGGUCUACGGUAAGCUUCGAGAUGCGCAAACCAAAAUGCGCGGUCACCAGUGCUUCAUACUCUUGGAACUUUUCGAAGACUUCCGACUUCCGCUUCAUCAUGGCGAAAUGCGUCUUG